UCUGCUUCCUCCCCUGCCUCCGCAGCCCACUAAUUUUGGUACUGGGAGAGAGUUAUAGUAUCCGCAGAUGGGAAGGAUACCACUUGAUCUGCAAAAAUUUGAGAGUGCAGAUUAUCUUUAUAAUAUGAAUUCCAGAUCUAGAUCUGCAGAGGUUUUGGUUGGAUCAAUGGCUUUUCAGCCUGUUUUUUGCCAUUCUUCCCCUUGCCUCCCCUGCUUCCUCACCAAGUGCCUCUAGCUUUUGGCUAGCUGGGCAGAACUGAGAGUUUCUUCUUCCUCACAGUCAGCCCAUAGCCCUGAUAUCAGCAUGUCUCCUCUUCUCUAAUGAGGGAAGGGGUGGAGCUAAGGAAAGAGUGCUGAGUAGUCAGUAGAGGAAGAACAAAGGCUGGGAGAAGUUGCCCCAACCGGCAAAAACAACUGCAGCUGUUUAGCAAGGAGCUCAUCCAGCCCAACCUGCAUGAAAGGAGAAAGAUUGACUGACUGCAUCUGGGUAAUCAGAUUUUCCAUUUCUUCCUCGAGUUAUGGCUGCUUCUAUUGCAUGAGGAAUAAAUCACAAGACAGUGGGAUUGCAGAUAUGGAGGAACUUCCUGUGCCACACAACAUCAAAAUAAGUCACAUCACUUGUGACUCUUUCAAGCUUUCAUGGGACAUGGAUUCUAAAUCUAAGGACCGUAUUACUCACUAUUUCGUUGAUUUAAACAAGAAGGAGAACAAGAAUUCCAACAAAUUUAAACACAAGGAUGUACCCACUAAACUGGUAGCAAAAGCUGUUCCUCUACCAAUGACUGUCCGUGGACACUGGUUCUUGAGCCCAAGAACAGAAUAUACAGUAGCGGUACAGACUGCAUCAAAGCAAGUUGAUGGGGACUAUGUAGUUUCUGAGUGGAGUGAAAUCAUAGAGUUUUGUACAGCAGAUUAUUCAAAAGUUCAUCUAACACAACUUCUGGAAAAAGCUGAAGUAAUUGCAGGACGUAUGCUCAAACUUUCUGUUUUUUAUCGGAAUCAGCACAAAGACUACUUUGAUUAUAUCAGAGAGCACCAUGAGAACGUUAUGCAGCCCUCUGUCAAGGAUAACAGUGGUAGCCAUGGCUCUCCAAUCAGUGGGAAGUUGGAAGGCAUCUUUUUUAGCUGCAACACUGAGUUUAACACUGGAAAGCCACCACAAGAUUCACCUUAUGGACGAUACAGGUUUGAGAUCAUAGCUGAAAAACUUUUCAACCCAAACACUAAUUUAUACUUUGGAGACUUCUACUGCAUGUACACAGCCUAUCACUAUGUCAUUCUUGUUGUUGCCCCGGUUGGAUCACCAGGAGAUGAAUUCUGUAAGCAGCGCCUUCCUCAGCUAAAUAUAAAGGAUAAUAAAUUUCUGACCUGCACUGAAGAAGGUGGCAUCAUGGUUUACCACCAUGCCCAGGAUGCUAUUUUGGAAGUAAUUUACACUGAUCCCGUGGAUCUGUCCCUUGGCAGAGUUGCAGAAAUUACUGGCCAUCAGCUAAUGAGCUUGUCUACUGCAAAUGCAAAGAAAGAUCCCAGCUGCAAGACCUGCAACAUUAGUGUUGGACGUUAAUUACUCCCGUUAUUUACGAGCCUUUGAACCUUUGUUGUCCAUUUCCAUAGUCAGAUGUUCUCUUCAGAAGCAUGUACGUGCCACUUGUCACCAGAAGCAAACACAAGUUUUCAAACUGUUUAACAGCAUUUUUAAUAUUUCUUCUCUCCCUCCUUCCCCUUCAUCUCCAAAUUCUUUAAACUAUUAGGAGUCCUGAUUUUCUUCUUGGCAACUGUUUAUAUCUAGAUGCUGCAAUAAUUUUUUUUUUGUUUCUUGCCAAACAUAACAAAACCCUAUAUAAACUGCUUUAACAAAAUAAAAAUAAUGGCUUAUAAA